AUGUCAACUACGUUGCAUCGUGUGCGAAGGUAUUUUAUAUCGUCGCAAGUCUAUGAGGCACUGCGUCCAUUAUUUUUUCUCACUUUCUUGUACGGUCUGACACCAUUCCAUGUGGUGCGUCGCAAAAUGGGCGAAUCCUAUGUGAAAAUGUCCUGUUUUGGCAUCUUCAACAUUUUUGUUUACAUCGUUCUGUGCGGCUUCUGUUACAUCUCAUCGCUCCGCCAAGGCGAAUCCAUUGUCGGCUACUUUUUUCGCACGGAGAUCUCAACAAUUGGCGAUCGCUUGCAGAUCUUUAAUGGACUCAUUGCUGGCGCCGUAAUCUAUGCCUCGGCGAUAUUGAAGCGUUGCAAGCUGCUGCGCACAUUGACCAUUCUGCACAGUCUCGAUAUGAACUUUGCCAACAUUGGAAUACGUGUGAAAUACUCAAGGAUCUUUCGUUACUCGAUCCUGUUGCUCGUCUGCAAACUGCUCAUUUUGGGCGUUUAUUUUGUGGGCGUGUUCCAGCUACUCGUCUCGCUGGGCGUUACACCCUCCUUUUGCGUCUGCAUAACCUUCUUCCUGCAACAUUCGGUGGUCUCCAUUGCCAUUUGUUUGUUCUGCAUAAUUGCCUUCAGUUUUGAGCGACGCAUGAGCAUUAUAAAUCAGCCCAGCUUGGAUAUGGCAAAGGAUGAUACGGUUGAUGUCGAAAUCGAACUGGGAACGGUUAGGGAAAGCCCGUUGCGUAGUCGCGUCCGUCGUUUUCUGUCCGCCAAACAGCUGUACGAGUCUCUGCGUCCGCUCUUCCAUGUCACCUAUCUGCUGGGCCUGACUUCGUUCUAUGUGGGCUGUGAUAGUGACAGUGGACGCUUGGACAUUAAGAAAUCGUGGUUUGGCUAUGCCAAUGGCAGUGUUCACAUUGGUCUCUAUGCCGUCUGCUAUAUCCUGACAAUACGCAACAAUUUCGAAUCGAUUGCCAGCUACUUCUUUCGGUCGAGGAUUACAUAUUUUGGCGAUAUGUUGCAGAUUGUCAGCGGCUUCAUUGGCGUCACUGUCAUCUAUCUGACGGCCAUCAUACCCAAGCAUCGACUCGAGCAGUGCUUGCAAAAGUUCCACACCAUGGAUCUGCAGCUGCACAGCGUCGGCAUUAAGAUCAUGUAUAGCAAUGUGUUGCGUUUUUGCUAUGCGGACAUGAUCUUUAUGUUCCUUGUCAACAUCAUCUUCUCGUGUGGCACCUUCGCCGGGCUGUACCUAUCGGAAGUGUAUCCAACUGUGCCACUUCAUUUCACAUUCAUAGUUCAGCACACCGUGAUUGCAAUUGCCGUAACCAUGUUCACCUGCUUCACAUACCUGACCGAAAUGCGGCUCGUAAUGGUCAACAAGGUCCUUAAGAAUCUGGCCCAUCAGUGGGAUACGCGUAGCAUUAAAGCCGUGCAGAAACAACGAUCUCUUCAAUGUUUGGACUCAUUUUCGAUGUACACCAUUGUGACAAAGGAUCCGGUUGAGAUCAUACAGGAGUCGAUGGAGAUACAUCAUCUGAUCUGUGAGGCAGCUGCCACGGCCAACAAAUACUUCACCUAUCAGCUCCUAACGAUCAUUUCAAUUGCUUUCCUAAUCAUCGUCUUUGAUGCUUAUUAUGUGCUCGAGACGCUGCUGGGCAAAUCGAAGCGGGAAAGCAAAUUCAAAACGGUUGAAUUUGUAACAUUUUUCUCAUGCCAAAUGAUAUUGUAUUUGAUAGCGAUCAUAUCGAUUGUCGAGGGCAGCAAUCGGGCGAUUAAGAAGAGUGAGAAAACUGGCCCCAUUGUCCACUCACUGCUCAACAAGGCGAAGAGCGCCGAAGUCCGAAGGAAGCUGCAACAGUUCUCAAUGCAACUGAUGCAUCUGAAGAUCAACUUUACAGCCGCCGGACUCUUCAACAUUGAUCGCUCGCUCUACUUUACGAUCAGCGGCGCUUUAACUACUUAUUUGAUCAUCUUGCUGCAGUUUACGACAAGUUCGCCGAGCAAUGAGAAUGGAAAUGGAUUCGAUUGCUGUGAAACAUUUCAAAAUUUGACGAAUCGCACGAUUUAGUUGCUUAUGGAUGAAUAGAGAGAGGAUAGAGCUGAAUCUGGAGAUGGUGAAAAUAUGUGUUAAUGUUAUGUUCAACGUUGUGCCGCUAAAGUUUCUAACAUUUUUAAAUAA